AUGGAUCGGACUGUCCAUUGCAUUGACUUCUAUGACUGCGCCAAUGGGCUGGGUGAGUGUGUCUUUUUCUGGUGUCUGUAGUAUUGUGGAGGGGUGAAAAAAGGGGACUGAGAAAUAUGGAGCUUUGAAGGGUGCUUUCCCUGUUUUACUUUGCUUUCCAGAAGUCCCUAAUGCCAAGAUUCACUCUAUCUGCUGCAGGCAGUCCAUUGCUAAUUGUCCGUCUGUGGGGAAACAUUAGGAAGGCUACCUUAAAUUAACAUUUUGUUAAAGUCGACGCCUAUGAUUGUUUGACACCCUUUUUGUACAGCAGGACUGAGACGGUUCAGGCCCAGAGGCUGAAUGUGGUCCUCACAACUCUGCCUUAAUCACAGCCAAUCCCCAAACCGCGCCCCGUCACUGGUCUUGCUCCCUGCCCGCUUUCCGUGCAUUCGCAGUGAUGCUUGCUUAACCUGGAUGGAAGAUAGAGACUUGUGGGUGUGCAGAAAUCUCUGGGUUGUAUGUGGCUGGCAUGUAGCGUACUGAAGUUGCACCCAUCACCCUGGCCACGUUUGCCUCUGGCCCUGCCCACCAGGGGCAUGUGGUACCCAAGGGGAUUUGACCCUUUGGCUGGAAACUGCCCCCCAUCCCUAUUACACAGCACUGUAAAACACCAGACAUCCUUGCUUGUUGCAUUAUGACUAUCCCUUACAGCCUUUCUCAACCUGUGGGUCCCCAGAUGUUGUUGAACUACAACUCCCAUCACCCCUAGCUAGCAAGGCCAGAGCUCAGGGAUGAUGGGAGUUGUAGUCCAACAACAUGUGAGAACCCACAGGUUGAGAACCGCUGAUCCAUGACCAGUGGCAGAGGAAGAGGGGUGCGGUGGGUGCGGUCCGCCCUCGGUGUCAUCACUGAGGGGGGGUGACAAAAAUACGAGUUUUUGGUUUAUGGGCUCACAAAUUUUUUUAGUUCAGUCCAGAAAUGUAACGAAACAUGGCUGGUACUGGGUGCCACACUGUGGCACUUACCGCGGGGCCUGCAGUGUGCCUGAGCCACACAUCUCUACUGGGAGUGACGUGGUGGCUUGCAGACUCCGCGCUGAAAUGGCAGCGUGGGGCUCAUGUCUGCCCAUUGCCUCUCCCUCAGCUGCCCUACAGCUGAGGGGGAGGCGGAGGAGAGGGUCCACGCAGUGCGCCCCACCCCUAUGGCUGGUUUGUCCCACCCCCAUGGCCGGCUCACUCCACCCCUGGCUGCAGGAUGCGCACACCGCACCAGUCACCCGAGUGGCUAGCUACGCUGCUGUCCAUUACCCAGACAUGGCGGAGGAAUCAACAGGGUUUAGGAGCAGACCCGUGGUGUAAACAUGUAUGGAGAUUGGCUAUAUCUCAGAAAGUAACUCAUAAUGUAAUGGGGCUGAAAGGAAAGGGGUGUGUGUGUAUUUGGUGGCAGUUUAUUUUAUAAACUACGGAAAAACAUUUAUUAUUAUCAGCCACAUCACUGCAAAUGUGGAUGUCAUGACUAUGCAUACUUAUGAAUACUUUAGUUGGAGAAGGUGAUUGUGCUGGUCCCGGGGGGAAGGUUACCGUUGGCGUGGUCAAAGUCCGGUCCUGGGUCACGAGUCUGGAAACAGUUCACAAAGAGCGAGGCGGGGUCCGAAGCAGGAAGCCGGGCGGGGACGGGAACUCUGGGGGAACAGGACUGGGUCCGGGCAGAAGCAGGUAUUCAACGACGUUGCUCCUGCAACCUGGGACCGGGCUGACUGGCCUUUAUCUUCUCUGAGGGCAGGGGCGGUCCCAGCUCCCAGGAGACCCGCCUCUCCGGGCCUUAAGGCGAGCACUCCUCCUGGGAGAAACCAGUUCCCUCCGCCUCUCUGCCCUGAGCCUCUGCAGCUCAGGAGAGGCUGGAGGGUUACUGGACCCAGGGGGAGACUCACCUUCCCCUGACAGGGCUGGGAGACGCGCACCUGUAGGCACUGUGUCCUCAAUCACCUCCGGAGCCAGAGUGGAUUCAUCUGGUGUCUGCUCCUGAAGAUCCGGCACAGGUGCAGGCACUUCAGAUCCAAGGCCCCUGCCCCAGCUCAGCCGGCCCUGGAGGCGGGGACUCCUGUGCAGGCUGGGGUUUCUCCGGUUCAGCCUCUGAAUCGGAUUCCCAGGCCAUCACAGUGAUCUCACUGGGGAUGGGUGUUUUCAUACAAUGGUUCUGAACAACGUAGGAUAAUUUUUUAUAAAAACCACAGGGUAUCAUAAAGACAUGAAUACUUUUUCAGUCACUGGCAAGCUUGGGAGGAGGCCAGGCUUUGUUUGUGCUAUUGCUUAUGUUUACGCCUAAUUUGUCUAGUUGUAUAUUUGUAGAAGCUGUAAAAAUUACUUUAAAAUGAAACAUCAUAGAAAUUCCUCCAGAGGAAGGACCAAAGCUCCAUGGCAGAGCAUCUGCUUUGCCUGUAGAAGCUCCCAGGUUCCAUCCUUCGCAUCUCCAGGUAGGGUUGGGAAUCUUCCUUGCCGGAGACUCUUGGGAGAAACUGCCAGUAGACAAUACUGAGCUAGAUGGACCAGUGACCUGACUCAGUGUGAAGCAGCUUCCGAUGUUGCACUGCAUUAUGGCUUUGUAGUCUUUGAUGCCUUCUGGUCCAGGACAAAGGGAAAGCACACCACUUGUGGGUCAGCAGCAUCUCCUGUCCUCAGCACUGGUUCAUUCUUGGAGAUGCUGGGACAGGUGAAGGAGAUGUCAGAAGAAUCAGCAUCUCCAGGUAGGGCUGGAAAUGAUCCCUGCCUGACACACCUGAGAAGCACUGCCAGUCAGUUAAAACAAAUACUGAACUAAAUAGGCCAGUGGUCUGGCUCAGUAUAUAUUAAGACAGCUCCUUAUAUUUCUGUGCAGCUGCUAUGUUUUGAGUAGUGUCAAUGAUGACAUGCCAAAGUCUGGAAGUAGUGCAACCUGACUACUGGGCAUGGUGCUGUCAUUCACACAACCACUCACUCUUGGCACAGCACUUUUAAAAGACACACUGAGUUAAAAACAUGGUUGCUGUGUCCACAGACUUUGUAGGAUAGACCAGGAUAUUAUAUCUACUCUCUGUUGUGCAGAGUGCAGCUGGUAAUCUGGAAUUAACUCCCUGAACCUAAAUUCCACGAGUGUCUUAGAGAUCUGCACUGAUCAUUUAAUUGGAAAUUAGUUACCAUAGAGAGGUGGCAGUUAAACAAUGUUUUUUUCUGAAAAGCUGAGAUCCAAUUAUCCUAACCUUCAUCUUCUUAGAUCUAAGCUUAACUUCAUUUCACCUAUAGCCAAAUCCUCACCCCAGGCGAAGGAAAAGAUGCUACAGAGACUGGAAAGCAAAACAAAGAGAUUAAGCCAAAUGUAAUUAAAUAUAGUUGUCUUAGUCACAGAUCUGGGUUGCUGUUCCAGAGUGCAAGAGGACAAUUCUAGUGCAUGAAAUAAACAGGCCAAAAUAUUGUGUUGUGUGUGUGUGUGUUGCAAUUGCAUGCAAGAAAUGGAGGUAAAUGGCAAAACCUGGAAUUGAGUGCAGCAUUUUGGAAAUCUCAGUUUUAUUUUUAUUUUUUAAGUUUCUAGUCUUUAUAAGUGUGCAAGCAACAUCUGCUGAAAUAUUAAGUGGGAAGGGGUGGGUGACUAAGGACCACUUGGCACAUUGUGAUAGUUGUGGGAAAUGCCAGGGUUGCACUAGCCUAAUCCUAUAGAAAAUAUGCGCCUUGCAAGCAUCAUGCACUUCUCACAGUUGUGUGUUUCCGUCUUUAAAAUAUAGGUGUCCACACACAUCUGGGAACUCCACCAGGCUUGCCCCAAUAUAUAAAGAGAAGGUGGUAUCCCACUAACUCAUUCCAUCCAUGCAAUGAUUUAUGCUUGCACCAUGGAACUUCCCCUCCUUCUCCUUCCCCAGUGAGUCCACUAAAUCUGUUCUGGGAGUUCCCCAACCCUCAGAGCAGAUCUGGGAAGAGGAUGGGAGAAGUUCCAUUGUACAAGGACAAACCCUUAUGCUGGUAUAAUGUGCACUGCCUUGGAUACAACCCUGACUGUUGUUGCUCUAUACCUAUUGGUCUGCAAACGUCAUUCAGGUGCUCUGCAGGCACUCCAUUCACCUCCCAGCAGUUCAGUAUGCUGCUGCCAUCGUAGUGGCUGGGCUGCAGUGUGCACAAGACAGGUGCCCCCCUGGGGAAUGCUGCUUCUGCCACCGGUAGCCAAACAUGUAGCCAGCCUGAGUUUCCCACUGCCCUUCUACCAAGGCAUCAUCUGGAGAGGCAAACCUCAAAAAGGGUGGUGGUGGGUGAGCUGUUAAUGUUAAGCUCUCCCUUCAUAGGAAACCCCCUUGCUUUCCUGGCCUGAAAUCACUGAAGUCUCCCCUUUCCCCACAGCUGGGAGAGUGCCCAGUUUAGAGGAGGAGAAGGUGGAGUUGCCACCACAGGCUUUUCCCACACAGUGGUGGGCUAAGCAGCUUGCAGGCCUGCUGCUGUUGCUGUAAUGCCUUGAAGGGCAAGGGACAUGGCUGGUACCCUCCUGGCCCCGGGCUACAUUGCUAUGGUGAUCUCCCAGCAGAUGACCAGGAUGGAAGAGGAGUACCAGCAGCAUCCUGGCAAAUUGCAGGACAUGGGUGAGGAGCUGCAGCAGGACGUAGACCAGCUUGCCCUGCCACGGCUGCUCAGUUGGGUGGAAGAUGCUGGGUGUGGCCAGCCAAUCAGGGAAGGAGAGCAGGGGUAACCAGCAUUCCAGCUGCCCUUCACUAAGUCCCAUCAAAUGGCUCUGGCUCCACACCCUCUUCAUAUACAGUGGACGCUUGGGUUGUGAACGUGAUCGGUGCAGGAUGCAAGUUCGCAACCUGCAGCGUUCGCAACCUGCGUCUGCGCACACGUGGGUUGUGAUUUGGCACUUCUGCACAUGCACAAAGUGCAAUUUAGUGCUUCUGCGCAUGCGCAACUGCCAAAACCUGGAAGUAACCUGUUCCGGUACUUCCGGGUUUCGGCAGUCUGCAACCCGAAAAAAUGCAACCUGAAGUGGCUGUAACCCAAGGUAUGACUGUACUCGGUUUGGGAUCCCCUUUACUUUCCCACAGGCUUCCUUCCUUUCCUGUGAAAAUGGGUGUUUGUGUAAAGGGGGUGCAGAACAGAGGGGAAGGAUGCAUGGAUAUGGGAGCAAAGGUGAAAACGGGGGUGCCAAGUGGAGCAUCAGAAUGGAAGAGAGAAGCGGCUUCAGAAAGUGAAACUUAGUGCUUACAUUGGAUGGGAAGGGGAAGUUCUGGGGCACUGAUUUCCAAAGUGGGGUGUGCCACCCACUGGGGGGGCACUGGAAUUACCUAGGGGGACAUUAAGAGGCAACUGGGUGGCAAGAGGCACUGGAAAUGUAAACGACUAACCGACUUUGAGCAGCUGGCAUCACUGAAUGAAGUUCAUCAAUUUGGCUGACUUAAUUAGAUUAGAUAGUUUUAAUUGGAAUUUGAAUAAAUGUGCUAUUGAUUGUUUGAUUGAUUUUUUUUUUUGCAUCUUUCUUAAUGGGUUGUGCAAACUGCUAUUCUGAGUAAUGUUUUUUUUAAGGAACCAAGGGGGAAGUGGUCGAAGAAAGUUUGGGAGCCACCACUCUAGGGGGCAAGUGGGGUGAGCAAGGGGCUCUGUUGUGUGUGUUGUGUCCCCAUCAUUUCAGUUCAAUAUUGGGCUAUUGCAGAGUAAAGGAAGGUAACAGACAAAACAGACCCUUCCAAAAUGUGUAAAUGGGAAGGGGUGAAGUUCAGUGAUAUAUCAUCUGAUUUGCAUUCCUCAGUUCAAUCCACAACAACUCCAAGUAGGACUAGGAGAGAGCCAUACCUGGAAUUCUGGAGAGCAGCUGCCAGUCAGUAUAGGAGGGUCUUGUUGGCUCAGCCUGUGGGCAUGCCCUCCCAUCAGAUAUCAAACAGAUGGAUAACUAUAUGACUUUACGAAGACAUCUGAAGGCAGCUCUGUACAGGGAAGCUUUUAAUGGCUGAUAUUUUACUGUGUUUUUAAUAUUUUGUUGGGAGCCACGCAGAGGGGCUGGGGCAGCCCAGUCAGAUGGGUGGCAUAUAAAUAAUAAAAUUGUUAUCGCUAUUGGGCAUGACCAAGCUAGAUGAACCAGGAGUCUUGACUCCAGGUGAGUUCUUUCCUAGGUGGCUCAGACUGAAACUUUCUGUACCCAACAAGAGCAAUUCAAUAAGCGUGUCCUUAUAUUUGUUAGGCAUGAGCAGAUCAGUCACUUUGAUCUUGGCUUCGCAGAAUACCUCCAAGCAAAACAUGUUUGUCAAUGGUGUUGAUUCCUUGGUUCAGUUGCCUCUCGUGCUGUGUGUGUUGUGUGUGGUUGUAAUAGACAGAUGCUCAGUGUCUGUGGGCUUCCUUCCGUCUGUUAACACAUCUAUUUGUGUCUUGGAUUGAGAGCAAGGAAGUCUGAUCUCGCUGGCUCUCACUGACUGGCUGAUUUGUUAAUUAAAACCAGCAUUCAUAAUCCCACAGCCUUCAGCCCAGACUCCAAGAAAUUAGAAUUUAAUGAGCCUUUGAUAAAUUGCAUUUUUGCCCUUUUCCUGCCAGGCAUUUCUGUGUCAAAUCUCAUGUUUUUAGUUUAUCCAUUCACCAGCAGAGAUCUCAGGGCAGCUUACACAUCCAAACAAUCAGAACCACAAAUUCCACAUUAAAUAGUAAAAUAUAAAACAAAAUUUAAAAAAAAAAACCCAGUAGAGAGUUCAUUUCAUUGAAACAGUCCAAUUGUUUAAAAAAAAAUCACCAGAAAUUCUAAAUGACCAAAAGCCAAGUUGUGUCGCUUGUACCCAAAGGCUGAGUACACACCAUGUGCUUAAAGCACAUUUUUAUUGCUGCCGGGGGUGUGUGUGUACUUGUUACCCAGAGUUAUUCAACAAUCAAUCCCUCUUCAGAAGGAACUCUGGGAAUUGUAGUUCUGUGAGGGGAAGAGGGGUCUGCUAACAGUUCUCAGCAUCCUUAACACAGUUGCCAUAAUACUUUGAGGGAAGCCAUGGCUGUUUAAAGUGGGAUCGUAGUGCUUUAAAUGUAUGGUAUGAAUGAGGUCUCACUUUCUCAUUUUUCUCAUCUUAUGUUCUGUUCUCCACAUUUCCACAUCAGUUUGUGAAUCUUUGUUUUUAAAAAGUCCUCAUCAAAAUUCAGCAUUUUAGUGCAAAUUUCUCCUAAUACACAUUGUUGUAUGCAAUUUUGCCUAAUAUACACAUUUGUGCAAAGAUGCUUUCUCUGAUAUACUGCAUUUCUGCAUGUUAUUUUCAUGACUAUGUGCGUUUUUAUGUACACACGCAUUUUGGUACGCAGUAUUUGAGCACAGUUGUGCUGCAAAAGUCAGAGAAGUUUGAAUUUGAAAAGAUGCAUAUUGUUUUUGAAAGUUUUGAAAGCCGUUUUAAAAUGUGAACCAAACCGAAUUUCUCCUCCAUCCAUAAUUCCAUUCAUGACAGAGGAUUCUGGGUAAGGGUUUGGAUUUAGGUUAUGAUGAGGCAAGCAAAGUUCUGUCUCCCAGUAGCACCCUGGAGAGCUCCACAUGGAGCUGAGACUGGAAAUUUCACAUGCAUGUUUCAUCCCGAUUUUUUGCAUGAUUCUGAACUAGAGUUCUGUUUUGGAUUUAGCACCAGCCUUUAUAUAUUGCCACCAGAGGGCACUGUGGGUGUGCAACAACAGACACUUGAAAAAUUAUUUGCGGGAAGGGAUCCUCUUCCUAUUAUUUGUGCUCAAUCAGUCACCCUUGGCUAUGUGUGUGUGUUUAAUAAUGAUGAGAUGUGACUAUCUGCCACGCUUUCUUAUAGGAUUGCAUGAGAAAGAGGUGAGAGGCAGCCAAGAAAACUGAAACUGGAAGAAUUUGCCUUACUCUUACAUUAUGCAUGAAUUUACAUUUUUCAAAAUCCUAUUUGGCUCUGGGUUUCCUGACCUUUUGGGAGCUGGGGACACAUUUGGAACUGUGCAGUAGGCACCACAACAUACCCAUUUCACAGAAGGAACACUGGCAAUGCUGAGAAUGCCUUUCCCUUAAACAAACACACAAAAACACCUGCACAUACCCCAAAAGCAAUAAAAUGCAGGCUAAAGCAGAAACAGGCAACUCUUCCCAAGCAACCCCCUAAAACAAAAACAAAAAACACACCUCAUUUUUUUUUAAAAAAAGACAAAACUAAAAAUUUGGGAGGGGCAGGAAGCCUUAAAGGGCACCAAGGAAGAUGCCUGCCCACUUACCAUGUUGGAGACCCCAUAUCUAGUUGGGUUCUAACACGGGUACAAUUAAUCUGAAUUCAAGUGACUGAUGCAUUACUGAGCCCCUUGAGGAAGGAUAUUUAAUAUUGUGUGAACACGUGCAAAGAUUAAGAAAUACUGAAGUUCUCUAUUGACAGAUAUUAAAAGAGUUAAUGGGCAUGACUUACCAAAAGUCCAUAAGGACAUGAGAAGAGCCCCCCGCCCACUUCAUCCCCACAACAAUCCUGUGAGGUUGGUUAGGGGCUGGCUCCAAGGUCACCCAGUGAACUUCAUGGAUGAGUGGGGAUUUCAAUCCUUGUCUCUUAGAUCCUAACCAUUACAGCACACUUCAUCCAGUAUGAUGAAGUAAACCACGGAAAUCAAUGGACAUGACUAGCUUACACCUAUUAAUUUAAAUGAGACUACUCUGAGUGAAAGGGAUGUGGGUGGCGCUGUGGGUUAAACCACAGAGCCUAGGACUUGCUGAUCAGAAGGUCGGCGGUUUGAAUCCCCGCGACGGGGUGAGCGCCCGUUGCUCGGUCCCUGCUCCUGCCAACCUAGCAGUUCGAAAGCACGUCAAAGUGCAAGUAGAUAAAUAGGUACCGCUCCAGUGGGAAGGUAAACGGCGUUUCCAUGCGCUGCUCUGGUUUGCCAGAAGCGGCUUAGUCAUGCUGGUCACAUGACCCAGAAGCUGUACGCCGGCUCCCUCAGCCAAUAAAGCGAGAUGAGUGCCGCAACCCCAGAGUCGGCCACAACUGGACCUAAUGGUCAGGGGUUCCUGAGUGAAAUUUAGAUGGCUGCAGCCCCCUGCUUUUAUAAAGCUAUUUUACCAUUUUUAUUAUGUUAUUUGAUGCUGUUUUAUGUUAUUUUUAUAUACCGCAGAGGGAUAAAAACCAUUUAUGUGGUUUAGCUUUUAAAUAAAUAAACAGCAAUCAAAACUGACCUAUUUUCCUUCCUCUCCCUCCCCAAUGAACUUUUCACCCCAGCUGUUUUUGGCUUGGAAUCCUCCUCAGCCGUGCACUAGAAAUACCGUGUACAGGCAUUCUGUGUCAUUUUAAUGUCAGGGAUGUUGUGGCACUAGGCAUUCUGGGCAGGUAUCCAGCACAUGCCCCAAGCAAGGCAUAAGAGACAGAAGAGUUUGAGCAAAGCGAGGACAUGUAAAAGGGUACAGUUUGAUCUGCAGAACUGUGUCUGCUUUGAAAUCUUCCUAUCCCUCGGGCUUGAAGAAGUGUGCAUGCACACAAAAGCUAAUACCCAGAACAUACUUAGUUGGUCUCUAAGGUGCUACUGGACAUUUUCAUUUAUUUAUUCCAGUUCAUUAGGAUUAGGAAGACUGCAAUCCUUAUGCACAGUUUUCUGGGAGUAUCAGUUGUGUUACUUCCAACCCAAUAGGUUCAUCUUGCAAAACACAUUGAUCUAUAACAAAGCUUCCCUGAUGAAGGAGUUCCAUAUCCUCAAGGCCGCUACUGAGGUUGCUCACUUCACUCUCAUUCUCUAUGCCUCAAGUGGAAUAUAUGUAUUUCAGUGGUAAGGACUGAUACAUAAGGACCUAAGAAGAAGAAGCUGGAUUAGGCCAGUAGCCCCUCAGGUCCAGCAUCCUGUUCCGACAGGACCUGAGCACAACGGGCCAUUCUUACCACUUACAACUCCAGGCAUAUGAAAUUCAGAAGCAUUACUGCAUCUAACAGUGGGGGAAGAACAUCGUCAUGAUGGCUAGCAUCCAUUGUCAUAGCCUUACCCUCCAUGAAUUUGUCUCAUACCCUUUAAAGCCAUCCAUGUCAGUGGCCCUUGCUCCUUCUGGGGGGAAAGAGCUCCAUAGUUCAGCUAUGCUCUGUGUGAAGGAGUCCUCCCUCCCCCCCCCCCAUCCUGAAUCUCCCAUCAUUCAGCUUUUUAAAAAAUAAAAAUAAAAAUUAUUGAUCAAUCUCCACAUAACAAAUUCGCAAACCAUAUAAUCACAUACAUUAUUUUCCCCCCUCCACCUCCCCCCCACCAAGGACUUCCCUCAGCUCCUCUCCCUGAUUUCUCUUCGCAUAUUUUCUCUGCAUAUUAUAAAAUUCUACAUAUCUAUCCUUCAUGUUAUCAACCAAUAAAUUUGUGUAUGUUUUUUCAAAACCUGCCAAGGAGUCCAGUUCGUUUUGUUGUCUUUUUAAAUAAUAUGUGAAAAGUUCCCAUUCGUCUUUAAAGUCGCAGUUGUCUUUAUCUCUCAGUUUAUAUGUCAAUUUGGCCAGUUCUGCAUAAGUCAUCAAUUUCUCUUGCCACUGUUCUUUCGUCGGGAUUUCCUCAUUCUUUCAUCCUUGUGCUAUCAAGACUCUUGCCGCUGUUGUAGCAUACAUAAAUAAUUUGUUUUCCUUGGCAGGUCUUGUCCUACAAUCCCUAACAAAAAUGCUUCUGGUUGGUUUUUUUUACAAAUGUCAUUUUAAACAUUUUUUUCAAUUCUUUGUAUAUCAUUUCCCAAAAAUUUUUAACAUUCAGCUUAAUUGGAUGCCUCUGAAUUCUAAUAUUAUCUAUCCACUUUCUACCUGAAAUCCUUGAGAGCUGCUGCCAGUCAGUGUUGACAAUACCGAGAUAGAUGGGCCAACAGCCCAACUUGGUUUGAGGCAACUUUCUUUGUUGACAUAUCAAUGUUUAGUUAGUCCUUCCAGGCCCCUCACCAGGCCAAAAAUUCCCAGCAUUCCUGUUAAGUUGUGGGUGAACAUAUCAGACGACACAGCGCCUCUUCAAACAGCUCUUGUUUAUUCAGAGGCCAGAACAGAACAGAACUGAAGGGUUCAGCCAGCCUGCUUAUAUAGAGCUCCAGUACAACGUAACUGUAACAAUUUUCUAAAAUUAUCCAAUCACUGAACGUGACUUUCGAUCCCUUAUUUGCAUAACUAUCUACAGUAUCCCCCUGCUGGCCCAGGGUGAGAACUUCAGUACAUAACAAUUCCCAUGUUUUUUAAACUAGUGUGCAGGGUGGGUGUGCCUUCAGAGGAUGGGGUAGUAAGGAAAUGUUAUGUUAUGUUAUAUUUUCCUGAUAGGCAUUAAAGUGAUUGGAGGCAUUAAAGAAUUUACUGGAGAGGAAUAUGGGGUUUACGUUAAGAGAAUCCUACCAGGAGGUGUUGCUCAUGCUGAUGGUAAGUGCCAUUUAUUGCUUCUGAUUCUGACCUAAAGGCCUUGUGAUGCUGACCCUGUGAAGAGAUUCCCAUUUGUUGAAAACGCUGGCAGUAUUAAGAUAAAUUCAACAGUGUAAAAAAGUUUUGAUGGAUGUAACCAUGGAAUACUGAAUGGUUCUGCUAGAGGGCUCUGCUAACUGUUCUGAUACAUCUUCAGUUCCUUUCUCUUACCAGAUAGUUUAUGUAAAAUAUGUUAUGCGAAAUGAACCACGGAAAGAGAAGAAGGGAUGUAAUUGGUAUUUUAAGGUUAUUUAAAUGAAUACUCUCAAUUGCAAAACAGAAAAGUUAAUAAAUGAGAGAGACAGAGAGAGAUUCCCAUCUGAUAGAGAACCACUGCCAGUCAGUGAAGACAGUAUGGAGCUAGAUGGACCAAAUGAUCCAGCUCAGGAUAAGGCAGCUGCUGGUGUUCCUAUUGUCCCCAUGCAAUUAUGGAUAGGGAGUAUGUUCUUUUUCCAUAUGUGUGACACUUCUCUUGCCUGUUUGCUUGAUUUAGGCCGCCUGCAACCAGGGGACCAGAUCUUAGAAGUUAACGGAGACAGUUUGCUUGGCGUUACAAGCGAAAGGUAUAGCAUUCUGGAUCAGGGCUCUGAAUUUGUUUCAGGAUGCUGGACUUGAUGGGCCUCUGGCCUGAUCCACCAGGCACUUCUUAUGUUCUUAACAUCUGGAGACCCAAGUCUGAAGAUGCUUCACAGGCUGAAAAGGCCUCUUGGUGAGUGUCAGUCACCUGCCGCAUAUCACUCUCUUUCCUCUUCCUUGCAGAGCGGUGGAUAUCCUCAGGACGGCUUCCGCCACCAGCCACAUGCGCCUUCUGAUUGCCCGAGAUGACGAUGCCCGGUAAGGACUGACUUUUUCUCUCACCUGGGGCAGGGAGGAAUGCAUGAUGGACAGCAGAGACAGACUAGAGCAGGCAUGUCCAACAGGUAGAUAGUGACCUACCGGUAAAUCACUGGGCGUUUGUGGUAGAUCACUGGUAGAUCACUGGCUUCCCACAAAUAAGCUCAACAAGCUUGGCUCCCCUGAAAAAAGCUCAACCAUUUUGCGCUGCACCCCCCCCCAAAUGCGGCUUUCCCCCUCCCUAAAAACAACUCAACAACUUUGACCUGAACCUCCAAAAAGGCGGUAGAUCACUGCCAGUCUUUAACUCCGUGAGUAGAUCGCAGUCUCUUGGGAGUUGGCCACCCCUGGACUAGAGCAUGGGUAGGCAAACUAAGGCCCGGGGGCCAGAUCCAGCCCAAUCACCUUUUAAAUCCGGCCCGUGGAUGGUCCGGGAAUCAGCAUGUUUUUACAUGAAUGUGUCCUUUUAUUUAAAAUGCAUCUCUGAGUUAUUUGUGGGGCCUGCCUGGUGUUUUUACAUGAGUAGGACAUGUGCUUUUAUUUAAAAUGCAUCUCUGGGUUAUUUGUGGGGUAUAGGAUACACAGUCAUACCUCAGGUUACAGACACUUCAGAUUGUGCGUUUUUGGGUUGUGCACCGCGUUGAAUCCAGAAGUACCGGAACAGGUUACUUCCGGGUUUCGGCACUCGCGCAUGUGCAGAAGCACUAUAUCAUGCUUUGCGCAUAUGCAGAAGCACCGAAUCACAACCCACACGUGCGCAGACAUGGCGCUGCAGGUUGAGAACGCUGCAGGUUGCGAACGUGCCUCCCGCAUGGAUUACAUUCGCAACCCGAGCAUCCACUGUAUAUAAUCUGGCCCCCCACAAGGUCUGAGGGACAGUGGACUGGCCCCCUGCUGAAAACGUUUGCUGACCCCUGGACUAGAGUCUGGUGACGCAGUUCCUCUGAAACUCCACCAGAGUGCUGGAGCCUCUCGCUGAUGGACUACAGUCAGCUAGCCACAGAAGGGGAAGAAACAGCACUUUGGGUGAGGGGAGAAUAAAAGGAGCAGUUUCUAGGUGGGAGAGAGUUAGACAGCGCUGGAUUUAAAAUGAGAGAUAGGUUUUGGUUUUGAGAAGGGGCAAAGGUUCAGGUUAAGAGAUAGGAUUUGAUUGGAGUUUGGAGUUUGGAGUGAGAUAAGGAGAACUGGUUCUGAGUGACAUUAAACAUACACACUGAGGAGACUAUCCAUAGCGAGACGACAGAGCCUCGCAGCUUGGAUAGGGUGACCAGGUCAAGGGUCUGGGAAAGGUAUACAGAAAGAAGUGUCCUGCGAAGGCUGAGUCUGAGCCAGGAGAGGUAGAUCUUGUGGGAAUUCAGGCUACCUGGGUCUCCGUAUAGCCAGGAGGGGAGAGUUCUUCUAGGUGCUGAAGACUCCCAACCCAGUAACAAGGGGUGAGGUGAUCCCUUGGGUCUGUUAUACCAUUUAGAAGACCUCAGGUGUGGGAUUGUUAAAAGAGUGGGUGCAUGAGGAGAAGUGCCCCUCACUCAUGAACCAAAAUAUUAAGCUGUGAAGGAAACAGUACGAUGUUGAAAGUAUUUAACUGUAAUAUCUAAGUGACAGAAACUGAGUUGAACAUUUUACCAUCUAUUCUAGAAACCUGAACAUCUACCACCUGAAGUGUAACAACUGGUUUUUAGUAACUGGUGUUUAAGAAGAGCUGUGCCUAUAGUGUUGUGUUUAAGCCUGAGAUGUCUUAGAGUUAGUUAAAUUAAACAAGUUAACUUCUACCUGAAAGAACACAGUUCCUGACCCACUUUGUUUCAUAAACCUCUUUUGUUUAAUCAAACUUUUCUUGUUUGCUCGAUCAACUCGUGCCUGAGACUCACACAAGUCCCCCCACUAGAUAAUCUGUGGUAUAUUGUAGAAAUCUGUGUAACUGGUGUAUCGUGAGAUGGGCCCAGUAUAUUUAAUUGGGGGCAGAUAGCGGGAGUGGAUCCGCUGCAUUAUUAAUUGAUGGUAUUAAGUGGUGGGUCCACUACAGAAUGCUAGUGCGAUUAUGGUUAUAUUUACUCCGAAGUAAGCCUAUUCGUGGGGCUUACUCCCAUGUAAGGGUGCUCUGGAUUGCAGCUUCACUGUGCAGGGUUGGCAUUUUGCUGCCAGGACAAAGGACAAUGUUCCUCCUUCACACAUUCCAUACACAGAAGCCAACUGGGCUGGCAUUGACUCUUCCUUCAAAACUGGCAAUGGACUAGCAUCCUCUACUGCACCUGAGGCAAUGCUGGGACUGGGAGGGUAGAAGGCAAGGAACCCAACAGUAAGUGGAGCCAGAGUCAAUGACAGGCAGAGCUAAUUUCCCCCCACUUCCUGCUUCCUCUUCUCUGCUGAGUUCCACACUGAGGUUAGCAGAAGGAAGGCAGCGCCACCUCAUGGACAGGUUGCAAUAAGAAGGCAGGCAGAUGGGGGCUGGCUAAGGUUGGCAGGGCAGUGUUCCAUUUGCCUGAAUGGACCAACCUUCACUGACCUGAGGGUAUCAGGUUCCACCUGAGGCAGCUACCACACUCUACCUAAUGGUGAAGCCCGCCUUAUAAAGUUUGUGCAUUUCGGCUCAGAGUUUACUGCUUUUACAUAAGCAGACCCUCCAAGUGUCCCUCUUUUUCCAGGGACAGUCUCAGAUUUACAGAAGCUGAUUUGAUCCCGGAAUGUCCUGCUUUUCCUUAGGGUGUCCCUAUUUUCAUCUGAGAAAUGUUGGAGGGCAUGAAGUUGUCUGACCCCCAAGCCAUCUGAAGGCAGCCUUGUAUAGGGAAAGUUGUUUUUUUUUAAGGAGCAUCUCCACCCCCAUCAUUCUGCCUGGACACGGAGGUCCAGUGCCGAGGGCCUUCUGGCGGUUCCCUCACAGCGAGGAGCCAAGUUACAGGGAACCAGGCAGAGGGCCUUCUCGGUAGUGGCACCCACCCUGUGGAACGCCCUCCCACCAGAUGUCAAAGAGAAAAACAACUACCAGACUUUGAGAAGCCCUGCUUAGGGAAGCGUUUAAUGUUUAAUAGGUUGUUGUAUUUUAAUAUUCUGCUGGAAGCUGCCCAGAGUGGCUGGGGAAACCCAGCCAGAUGGGCAGGGUAUAAAUAAAUUAUUAUUAUUAUUAUUAUUAUUAUUAUUAUUAUUAUGUUUUUAUAUAUGUUGGAAGCUGCCCAGAGUGGCUGGGCCAACCUAGCCAGAUGGGUGGGGUAUAAAUUGUAAAAUUAUUAUUACGGAAUGAGAUGUCCCUAUUUUCACUGGAGAAAUGUUGGGGGGCAUGUAAGUGCUCUCAGAGGAGGAGCUGGCUCUCAUCUUAUCUGUUGGCUGCACAGGACCUCCCCCAAUCAUGGCAUAUAGAGAGCCUCCCUCUUCAGAAUCAGUGUCCCCCUGAAUUGGGGUCCUGCCUGAGGAUAAAUAAGAGGAGAGGGCUCUUGCCUUGUCGGCUUCUGAGAAGCACUUGGCUACUGUAAGGAAACAGGAUGCUCUUCUAGAUAGACUUGGGACAAAGAGCGAUGACCACUUAUUUAUUAUUCUAAACCACCGUCUCAGGGCGAUUUACUUAUACGAUAAUUAAAAGUUAAAAACAGCAAAUAUAUUUAAAACCCAAGCAAAUGGACACUUGUGGUAAAGACCCAUUUAUCCAUCUGGGAAAGUCAGUCAAAGCAAAAAUGUCUUCAGCGGUUUCUAGAGAGUGCAGAUCAUGGGCUCCUGUCAUACGUCAACAUGAAGGGUAUUCCACGGAACAGGGGCAGCCCCACUCUAAGUUACUGUGUGAGGGGCUUCUGAGAUCUUUGGAAUUUCAGAAGAAACUCUCUUGCAGACCACAGCAGUCCACUGGGUGUAUAAGGGAUAAGGUGGUCUCUCAAAUGGCCUGGUCCUGAACUGUCUUCUUCUUUGGCAAUCACUCGUAACCGAGUAAGAUUGUCUUCCAUAAACACAGUUUUAACAGUGAGUGUGGAGGCCAAUUCUGGAUCCGCGCAGCCUUCCACAGUGGGGACAUAGGUUUCCGGGCGGGAGUUGAUCAUGGUAAGGGUUUGCCAAGUGUGCCUUCCUCUUAGCACGUUUCUUCCUUUCGUCCUGAGUUCGAGCAUCUUCCAUAACCCCUUUGGUAAUGGCUGUUCUCCAAUUGGAGCACUCGCAGGCCAGUGUUUCCCAGUUGUCAGUGAUUAUGCUACAUUUUUUUAGAUUUGCCUUGAGAGAGUCUUUAAACCUCUUUUGUUGACCACAAGCAUUUUGUUGACCACCAGCAUUAUGCUUUCCAAUUUUAAGUUCAGAAUAGAGUAGUUGCUUUGGAAGACAAUAACUGUAUACUAGCUAACACAUAAUACCCUGGUAGCUCUGACUGCAGUCUCCUAUCUUUGAUUUUAUUUCAAACCAGUUGGCCUUGGAGGGCAUAUGCCAUUUGAGAUUAGAUUUCCCUACCCAAACAAUCCUUUCACUAAUAAUGGAGAUUCCUGUCUUCAUCACUAGCAAGAACCAGGGAAGAAGAAUCGAGACCACAGUGUGUGUAUUAUCUAAGCCUUAAUGGGGCAGAAUACAUUGGCAAAAGAGACUGGUCCUCCUUUCCACCAACUGGGAAACACAGUGAUCUGACUGGAUCUGAUUGCCUGUUGAUUAUUAUUAAUUGUUUGCUUGCUUUUUAUGAAGCAUCUCAAACCAAUAUGGCACAAUGGUUUGACCAUUUUAGCAGUCUCCUUUUCUUCAGAAUCUCAUUUUCAGAUUGAAGGGAACCCCAAAAGCCCAUUCAGUCUAACUCCCAAACUCAUUCCAGUAGGCUUGUGAGUCCUCUGAUGGAAUCUUUUGUACUCUUGCAAUAACUGUGAUUUCCUUGUUCCACUCUGCCCAGUCGUAUCUUCCUAAAGUCACAUCUUUUAAACUGCAGCAUAUGUCUGCUAAUAUAAAGAGGCUUUCCUGCCCCUAAAUGGCUGGGAAAUUAAAUCAUAUACAACAUACCGAGCCCAAGGAAAGGUGGUCAAACUCUGAGCAACACUUACAGCCAUCCUUUGCUAUCAGUUAUGCACUAAAUCUGCAAAAGAUCAUCCAGAGGGUGAGAUGGCCUGUAAGCUUUUGGGAGGGGCAAAGAUUUGUAGAGAUUUCGCUUACAUAAUCAUCUCACAAAAUGUUUAAUACACCAAUACAUAUCUCCAAGAUUAAGAAGAAGGGGAGAGGAAGCAGGAGUGAGAGGGUGGUUUUAUGCUGGCCUUUUUAGCAUUAUUAUUUUAUUUUAUUUUAUUUAUCCCUUAUUAUCUUUCAGCCGUGCCCUUGAGCUUGAAGGAGUAAUCAUCCUUGUCUCCACCUUAGGGUCACAGGUGCGUUUCUGACGCAGAUCACGUGACCUGGGUUGGUGAGGUGCCCAGAUCGCCCCCUCCCUGUCCCACCCGCCCUGUUCUUUUGAGGUCAGCUGUUUGAGCAUCAAUAAAUGACUCAGCCUGUCAGUGGUCAGCCUGGCCAAUCUUUGCCCAGCCUGUACUUUCUAUAGGUCUCCACAGCAUGAUCAAACAUCCAUAUUCUAAAUGUGAUUUCUCAUUGCAUCAAGACUGAUUUGUCCCUGGUCUUGAUAGUGUUUAGGGAUGGGGAAGAAAUUUGAUUCAGGUCACAUUUUUGAAGGUUGGACCAACUUAAUUUCCACUUUCCUAAACAAUGCACAAAACAAAAAAGAGCCUUUCAUUGAAAUCCAUGCUGCUCCGAAUUUGGCAUAACAGUUCUGCCAUUGAGUAAUGUAUAGGUAAAUGUAUAAAUCAGGGGAGAGUGUCCCCCUGCCCUCCAAAACCUGGCAAAUGCAAACCUUUCUGAAAAUAACAGAAAAAUACGUUGAGUUAGCAGAAGCUUGCUUUGCAAAAAUGUGUGUGUGAGGCAAACUUGUAGAGGAAAAUAUGCAUAGUACGAUCACUUUGCACUGAAAUGAGAAUGAAUUUCAUGACACGAGGACUUAAAAAUAAAUAAAUGUCCAAACUGAUGUGGAAAUGUGGAGAACUGAAUUUAGGGUGCAAAAUACUGAAGUUAUUAAUUUAACAUUAUUGCCUUUACAAUAUGUCUGCCAGAUAUAAGAUUAUAUGUGAUGAGGGGUUUUUUUGGGGGGGGGGGGGAGUGCCACAGAAAACCUAACUUUAGAAAGAAAGAAUAAUUAUGAAAAGUUCACCUUUGUUUCAGAUAGGUGUAGUUUUGAAACAUCACGACCAUCUAUGUGUGAUACACACUCACACACUAUACUUGGGGGUAGACAGUUGUAUAAUUAGCAUUCUUUUUGUUGUUUAGGAGAGAAUUUGCAGAACUGCUGGAAAAAUUCGGAUCUCAUAGCAACACAGGUUCGGCACGCAGCUCACCGGUUCUCCAUGGUGGGGGUCAGUAUUUAUGAUCUUGAGUGAACUGAACUAGCAGUGGAACUAGGAAAAAAAGAGGACAAAAAAAAGUACAUACUUAGGGAUGUAAGAUAUUGUCAUUUUCAUUUCCGCCCCCUCUUAGUCAUUGUUUCUCUCCUACUGCUGGUCAGCUUCUGCCUGAAACUAUUUUAACCAUCUCACUAACCACUAUGAGCUCAGAACCUCUACAAGUUCUGACUCUGUGUCUGAAUUGCUGCUGGGCUGAGUGGUCAUCCCCCAGCCCCUUUCAAAUGAAGUUUUAUUAAAAACCAAUAAAAAUGAUUUUUUAAAAAUGAAGUUUUAUUAAAUUUUGCACACUGUCCAACUUAUCACAGCCCUUGUUGCUGCAGUCAAAUGGCUCAACAGCUCUUUAUGCUUCAAGCAAUUCAGACACAGAGUCAGGAAUUGUAGAGGCAACAGCUUAGGAGCUGGCUCAAACUCAGGGCUCUAAAAUGAUGGCUGGAGAUCAGGAGACAGCAGCACCUGGGGCUGUCAGACAGAAGCAUCCAGGAGGAACUCCUGGACCACCAGAGCCUAUAGGGCUAGAGUCCUCACCCUCAUGGGCACCCGAGGAACCAGAUGCCUCCCACUGCAUGCCACUGCUCCCGUGGUGAGGGAGCGCACUUGGAGAGAGGCUAUGGGAGGAAGCAGGAGUGUGCUGGUCCCAGGGGGGUUACUGUGCGGCAUGGUCCAAGUCCAGUCCAAGGUCGAGGGUAUGGUAUGGAGUCUGUCCGUCAAGGCUGAAGCGGGGUCCAAGGCAAGGAGUCAGGUGUGGUCAGGAACUCUGGCAGAAGAGCAGGACAGGCUGCCGGCAGGACCAGGUUACCAACAAUGUUGCUCCCACAACCUGGGACUGGGCUGGCUGGCUUUUAUCUGCCCCGAGGCAUAGGGCGGUCCCAGUCCACAGGUGACUCAUCUCUCCUGGCCUGGAGGCAAGCACUCCUCCUGCGAGAACUUAGUUCCCUCCGCCUCUCUGCCCUGAGCCUCUGCAGAUCAGGAGAGGCUGGAGGGUUACCGGACCCAGAGGCAACCUCAGCCUCCCCUGACGGGGCUGAGAGUGGAGCACCUGCAGGCAAUGGGUCCUGGAUCACCUCCGGAGCCAGAGCAGAUUCAGCUGGUGUCUGCUCCUGAGGAUCCGGCACAGGUGAGGGCCCUUCAGGUUCAAGCCUCAGCUGGUCCUGGAGGCGGGGACUCCUGUGCAGGCUGGGAUUCCUCAGGUUCAGCCUCUGAAUCCGAUUCCCAGGCCAUCACAAGGAGUGCCCAACUUCAGGCCCUUCCUCCAUUCUCAGUGUGACUUGAAGCUUGUUGAUGUCCAGGGAAGUCUCUCAUUCACCUCCAAACAGUGUCCUUGGCUUUGUUCUUCAGGCAGGUAUUUGGAGAGUACGUCCUCGGGGUCUUCAUCUCGUUCCCAGAGCCCUUUGUUGCUGAGCCCGGCAAAUUCCCACGGACCACUGAUUGGGAAUCCAGGACACUCGCCACACCCACCAUCGCAGUACGUACUUCAUUGCUCUUGAGAGGUGUCAAUGGUUGGCUGCAAUCCUGUUGGAUCACCUGUAUGUGUUCGUGUGCCCCAUCACGUGUGGAGCAUCCUGGCAGAUGAGAGUGUGCAUGCGCACACAUCCUCCUCGUGCAAGCUGUGCAGCCAUUUGUGUGGCAGACGCACCUCCCGUAAGAAUGGAUGUGCCACAUUCAUUCAAACUAAUAACCAGCAUGUUAGGAGAAAGGACUUUCACCUAGCCUUUCCCCUGAGGGGUUAACUUUCCACAUGCACGGAGUUCUGUCUUUGUUUCACAUUGCAGAGCUUUGAAACACAUUGACUUGCUCUGCAGUGUGCCAAGGCAAAGCCUAGCCAAGGUGUAAGACCAGGUGAAGUUCUGGCAGGAGACAAGGCAAGGUGGGAUGAAGUUCCAGCAGAACACAAGCUGGAUACCGGGGGGAGCAGGGUUCAGGCUGGAUACCCAGCUCAGGUGGUGCUGUGGGGAACACACAGCUCUGAAGUUGCUCUAGCAAGGAACCAGCUGCAAGUGAGCCCUAUUAUAGCAGGAGCACCAGAAGUGGCCUCGUUGUUGGUACCACACACCCAUUUUCAGUAAACUACUGUGAUGGAGUGGGUGAGCCUCAGGUCUUCCCGGGUCUUCUACAGUCCUCCAAGUCGGACAAUGGCAGUGUCACCUUUUUGGGCCAAGAAGGGGCACUGACCCUGCGGGUUCAUCUGAUAGCUGUGCUUCUAGGGUAGCCCCAUGCUGCCUUCCCCCUUCAGGUUCACAGUCCUCACCUCUAUUUGUCUCCUGGUCCCUGACAAUUGUACUCUUUCCACUAGCCACCUUAAAUGGAAAACAGUCCAGGAAAGGCUAUCUUACCUCUUAUUUUCCUGAAGUUUGGAUGGGCCUAUCAUAGAGCAAUAGCAAGAGUAGUUUGAGACAGAGAUAUGUGGAAGAUCCUACCUUGUGGACAAAGCAGGAAGGAUCUUGAUGGAGCUUUGGGGUUCUUUCUGCACCACGGGACUAUGAGAGCCAAAAGGUCAUUAGGUGAAUUUGUAGUCUGAAUGUGAUUUGCCUCCUGCCUCCUGCUAUGACGGCUAGCCAUAGAACCUCCAUGUUCAAUGGCAGUCUACUGCUGAAUACAGUGGUACCUCCGUUUACGAACUUAAUUCAUUCCGAAAGCCCGUUCUUACACCAAAAACAUUCUUAAACUGAGGUGCACUUUCCCCAAUGAGGCUUCCCGCCCCCAGUGCCCUACCACUGGUCAGCUUCCGUUCGUCUUCUGAGGCAAAGUUCGCUAACCGGAACACCUACUUCCGGUUUUGUGGAGUAUGUUGCCCGAAUCAUUGGUUAACAGGACUGUUCUUAGACCAGGGUACGACUGUACCACACGCUGCAGAGAAACACUGUGGAUGGGCUAUUGCCCUCAUAUUCUGCUUGUGUGCCUCUAAGAGGUAUAAAUCGGAAGGGUAAUAGCACCAUGGCAGAACAUCAGUUUUGCAUGUAGAAGGACCUGGGUUCAAUCCGUGGCAUCUCCAUGUACGGUUGGGAGAAACUGGGCAAUAUAAUGCCUGAAACCUUGGAGAGCCACUGCCAGUCUGUGUAGACAUUACUGAGCUUGGAUGGACGAGUAGGCCUCUCCCUACGUUUCUUACGGCUGGUUGCCAUUGGAUACAAGUUCCUUGCCUGAUUCAGCUAGGUUCUUCUUAACAUCUUCCACUAACCUUCUACCCUCUUCCCUUGCAGUUGCUCCAUUGAAUCUGGGAUCCAGAGCAUCUCUAUAGCAAAAUCCUCUGGGCUGGGUGUGACCAUCGGAGGAGGGGCCAACCGGCCGGAUGGACCCAUGGUUUACAUCCAAGAGGUGCAACCAGAAGGCGACUGUUACAGGGUGAGCCGAGCAUUUGAACAGCUUCAGGCUGGCACUGCUAUAUUUCAAGGCAUGUGCCACCUCACCAGGCCUCUCCAUCGAGCCCUUGGGUCUCUUCUGAGUCCACAGCCCCUCAGCAAGGAGUGUGUGUGUGUAGAAACUAGCCAACCACACAAAGGAAAACUCACAUCCAUUGCUCCACCCACUUUUUCCUCUGACCCCACUCACCACUGAGUGAGUGUUAAGCAGAUUGAACAGCAAUAGCUAACUCCUAUCCUCAGGGACUAGAUCAAGUACCCUCCCAGAAGAUAGUUCUGGUCCCUCACCAAUUUUGGGGAUGGUGGUAAAAGGGGGGGGGAGAGACACAAUGCUGUGAUGAGCAGAGCAGUUUAAACCUCUUCACCCUGGUAGAGAUACAAAUCUCCACCUCCCAGAUCAUCAGAUUGAUCAUGUGAUGAGUGAAGUAGGCAACAAUAGCCUCUCUCCUCAUCUGAGCCAUCUCUACGUGUGUGUAAUGUGUGUGCUGCAUGUGCAAAUGUGUGGGUCGGUGUGGCCACAUCCACCACUGGCAUGCAGCCACCAGAUGGUUGGUCAAGGGUGAGUGUGACCCUCAGGCCAAUAAAGGUUAACUACUCCUAGCGAAGGACAACCAAGGAAAUAAUGUGGUCCUGAUUCACCUCACUCCUCCGUGUUCCAUGAAGCUUGAUCUCACAGAGAUAUUCUUCUAUGGCUCUCUUACAGGAUGGCCGUCUCCGGGUAGGCGACCAGCUCAUCGCUGUCAAUAAAGACUCUCUGGUGGGGGCCACAUAUGAAGAGGCCAAAAGGAUUCUUGCAAAAACAAAAUUCAGGUAAAGGAGACUUUCUGAAAGCCCUUUGGAUGUUAAUGAUGUGGUGCUGGAAGAACUGCAGUGGGCCAUCUUGAACAGAGUUGAGAUAGCCAAAGCUGCCUUAAUUCCCACUUCCAGAUCAAAAUGUCAAUCUCAGUACCCCUUUAAAAAAGUGCACUGCAUUUAAAAAUGUGUCUACAACAAGGUUGGCUCCAGGCAACUGAAGCAUGUUCCCCUUGCAAGCUUAUGCUUGUCCAACCUCGUAUUUGACCAUAUUCCAAGGAACGGAAAUUCCACAGCCCUUCAGGCUGCAAUGUCCACACACAUGUUCACACAGCCACAUGGGGCAGCACCACAGGGAAGAGGAGUUUUUGAUUUUUUUUGGUCUAUGUUUGGCUACAACUGGCCACCAUUUUGAAUCAAGAUGGCAGACAGAACCUUUCAAAACUGUGCCGAUAUUUUGGCAUCUCAGAAUUCCCGGGCAUGAGGCUGUUUAGUUCUAAAUUGGUUUCUCAUUUGUUUUUAAGACAUGAGGGAAACACUGAAGUGGCCUUUAUUUCUGGAAGAGGACGGUUCCAUCCUGGACUCUCAGCUCACAACAGCACCCAUUCCUUGCCGACGAAGGCUGUGGGGAACGGCCUGGGCACUUGCAGGUUGAAAGUCCACGUGAGGUCCCCUGAGGUAAGGUGGUGAGACUCAAUGAACUCACAAAGAUCUCACCCAAAUGUUCUCCAUUUCCAACAGGAUUUGAUCUUGGCCAUAAUCCUUAUGGAUUACUUGUUUGGGGAAAGAUGUGGCAUAUAGCAGCUUGGGCCCAAUUGCCCUCUCCUUGUUCAGGGUGAGGGUGCUGUCUUGAGCUUUCCAUAGGAUGUCUCUUAUAUUUAAAAAUAGCCAGCUUGUUGUUUUUGCAACACUCCUGUUGACAGAAGGGUCCUAGACAGGGCAGGGAAUUUCUGGUAGUAUUGCUAGCAAGCUUUCCUCUCCCCACCCCCACCCCUUGGAUAGCAGGGAUUUUACUAUGAAAAGCACCAAGUCUACGCCACAAAAUAUUCCCUCCCUCCCCAUAAAUGUAGGAACUGUGAUUCUGAGUGAGGAAAAGAGUUUUGAAACAAAAUUCUCCAAUAAUCCUUUGAGGCUGCAGUUCCCAGGAUGCUAUGGACAAAUGUUGUGACAAACUGGAAUGUGGUUCUAGUCAGAAGUGGCUCACCAGGUGAAGCAGAGCUGUUUUGCUGGCUUUCUGGAAAGUGGGCUGCUGUUGCUUACCAGGAAGAGCAAGGCAGUGGGGAAGGUGACAUGGUGCCAGCACAGUGAUGCAGCCAAUCCAGUGCUCCUACCUGUGAGCUUGCAGCAUGCGACCUCACCCCUCCUCCACCUUUCUCCUAGUAAGCAGCAGUGAUACCCCUGAUGGCAUGCUAUCAUAGCCCCACCUCAUCUGGUGAGCCACUUCUAGUGUCAUGUAUUCAGGGUCCACAUCCAAAGUCAACAUGACUUUUUCUUCUGCUUGCCCUUAUGAUCACAAACACAUUUGCUCUUCUGCUUGUUUCUCUUAGGUCAUUCCACUAAAAUAUUGCAAGUGCAAAUGCUCACAUGAUGUUUGAGAGUGGCAAAGGAUGCUUGAAAGAUCCUUCUCUGCUCUGCAAAUAGACUCAACUUGUUUUUGGUCUUUUAGCAAGCUUUGGUGUGUGUAUGUGUGGGGAAAUAUCCCACAUCUUCAGUGUGGUUUACCAUUGUGACAGUGCCUAUUGGCUAAUGUCCAUGCCAUCACCCAUACACUUCCUUCCUUCCCAACCCACAGCACGCAUUUGGUAAGGGGAAAUAGAUAUAUUAUGCAAGCAAACUGUUGUGGGCACCAUUCAGAGAGAGAAUGCUUCUUUCCGCUAGCAUUUCAGGGGGGUCAGGUGGCUCUGUGGACCUCAGGGUUGUUCUCUGUGUGUACUUUUGUGCCCUUGGGCACCGUGUUUGCAAUCCCCACUGUAGGUAGAUUCACUUGCCUAUUCAGUUUGCUGGACUGUAUGGAUUGUAUCCAACUCAGAGUUGAGCCAGGGAAAUUAAAGAAUCUGUUAGUCGUGUUCAGUAAUUUUAAUGAAUCUACUCUGAAUAGGACUAGCAUUGAAUACAACCCUGUUUCCACACCAACACUUGUGAAGCUGAAGACCCUUUGUGGCUGCUCAAUGGCUUCACUUUAUUGUGGCUCCAAGGGAAACUUUUGCAUCUCUUUUUUGCCUUUCAGGCUCUCAGCUUUUUCCCAGUCCAACAUGUUUUUUGUUGCAUUUCUUCUUUUCCAGAGCAGACACGACAGUCCCUUCCCUGUGCCUUCUCCAUCUCCAGACAUCUGUCCGCCAGAGCUCACCGUUUCCGGUAGGGGGACUUCCUCAAUGGCAUGUUGAACUGGUGGAAUAAAUCAGCCCAUCACUCCUUCCAGUGUGCUAAAAUAAGCCACUGAAGUCCUUCCUGGACUGUACCACCACAGACCUCAGGGGGACAGGCUGCACAUUGUAGAUUGUUUUCCUGUACUGUUCUUACCUACACAUGGAAAUCUAGCUUGUAAGGAGAAGACUGGGCAAUAGGCCAAACUAGAUGUGAUCAGGGAAACACAGAAUUUCUUUCUAAGCUGCUGGUGGAUUUUCUAGAGGACUUUUUAAUUUUUUUAAAAAAUUGCAAACUGCAGUGAAAAUGUGGAGAACUGAAGUUUGGGGGGGGGCGAGAAACUAAGAUAAACUAAACUUUACUAAUAUGUCCAUCCCUGAUUUUAUGUUAAUGUGUUAUACAUUUGAUGUUAGCCGCUCUGAGCCCGGCUUCGGCUGGGGAGGGCGGGAUAUAAAUAAAAUUUAUUAUUAUUAUUAUUAUUAUUAUUAUUAUUAUUAUUAUUAUUAUUAUUACCUCCUGAAGGUGGCCCUUCCCAGGUUCCCUCUGAACAGUGUUAAGUGGCUGGAUCUGGCUGCCCAUUUUGUUUCCCAACCUGACCCUUUCUUCAUGUGAGUGCAGCCCACAACAGAGAAAGGCACCGCUAGUUCCAAGAAAGGUUGAGUUAUAUUCGGAGUGAUCUCUGCCACAGUCAGGGCAGGACUCCACCUCGGUCUAGCCACAGACAGAAGGGGGCUAUCAGAGAGAGAGGAAGAGAGAGAGAGGAGAGAUGGGGGCCGGCUGGCCUUUAGGUGCACCUGGGAAAUCUGUGUCCUGAUCUAAUGAGCAAAACCCCCGGUUAAUCCCGAUUAGCAAGGAGGCAGAGGGGGAGUUGCUCUGUCCUUGAACCCGCCUGGGCUGAAUGGUGGGUGACAAAUCCUGCAAACCCUGUCAGUUCCCUCAGGCCACAUACAAAGCCCUUCUGUGCUUGGCAGGGACUGGCGGAGCUCAGGAUUUAGCUGGAUUAUGCUUGUGAGGGUGGCUCCUCUGCCGCUUCUUCCAACCUUCCUGUGAAACACCCUCCUCCUCACCUGAGAGGUGCAGCGGGGUGGCCAUCAGGAGCUGCCUUCAGGGUGACCUUCCGCCAGGCAGCUCUCCACAAUGGGAGACAAUCAGCCACACACAACUGCCCAACAGCAGGGCUGGCUGGUGUUCAUAGCCCCCUGGCAGGGCCCAUUGCUCCGCUUAACCUCUAGAUAUCAAGCAGAAACUCUUCCGUUAACUUUGUAGUUCUGUUGGGUUUAGGUUUGACUUGGAGUGCAAAGAAGAACUGCAGUAACAAUACAACCAUUACCAAUGCCGCUUCCAUCCCAGCCCAUUUCUUCCUCGAACCUGUCCUUCACCCUUCUCUCUGCCUGCCUUCCCGCUCCCCCCGCAUGUGGAAGCAAGUGAGGCUUUAAUUCUGCCCCACAGGAAUUCGUGGGGGGGGGGGCAGGGAGAGAAAGCAGAGUGCAAACAGACUUUUAUUUUUUUGCACCCAAUGCAAGGAGCAGGCAUCCUUUCAUUGCUCGUGUAGAUGAACGGUGACUUCUUGUCUUACAGCUCCUGUUUCCUCUUCAAACCAGCGAGCGGCUCCAGCCACCAAGCCAAAAGUGGCCCUGGAUCCUCACAUUCGCCUCAAGGACGGCAAACUUGAACUGGUGAGUCUGACGAGAAAGUCCCACUCAAAACAGAGGCCACAUUCACACCACACCCUAUGACACCGCUUUGAGCAGUCAUGGCUCCCCCAUCAAAUUACGGGAGCUGUGGUUUGCUAAGGGUACUGACCGUUCUUAGGGAAUCCCCUCCCAGAGCUACAGUUCUCAGAGUUGUUUAAUAAUCAAUCCCUCUCCCCAUGGAAUUCUGCAUUGCAAAAUUCACUGCUUCUUUCCCUGAAAUCAGAUGCUGCAAUAUUUAAGUCUCGAUGUGAAUGAGGAGAAGAAGAGGCAGUUGCGGCAAAGUUUGACAACUGACUCGCAGGGGACAGUAGCCUAUGGAGGUGAGUUUCAGCAGUGUGGACUUGAUACAGUAUUUAUUUUAUUUUUCUUCCACUCCCAUGAAGAAAUGGGGGGGCUGGAGCAGUUGAAAGCAUUGCUGGCCCAAACUGUAGCCAGAAAAAGUAGGCAAGGGACAUACUAUCUGAGAAAAGCUUUGCUCAGCAGCUAGCGAAAAGUAGAGAGGUGCUGCCCUCUGUAGUUCAGUUUUGUAAAUGGCUCUUUCAAGGUUCGUGCAGUUCUGGACGUUUCCCUCGUUAAUAUAGCACCUCCUGGAUCAGGGAGUCACUCCCUCCCCCAAGGAAACACAUUAUAAAAAAAGAGCAAAAUUGCAGCAGGGGGCAUGUAUGGCUUAAAACCACUAUUUCUGGUGAUUUUAAAAGCUCAAGAAUUUUGGGGCCUCCUAAAAAAAGCUCAAUAACUUUGUGGGUGUAAGGAAUUUUACUUUUUGAAAUAUGGCAACCCUAAUUGAGUGGGCAUGCUCAGCCAGCGAGGGAAGCCUGGGAAUUCCUGAGUGAGCUCCCCUGUAGGGCAAGUGGGAAGGGCAAAUAAGUGGGCAGGCAGGUGGCCAGGCAGGCCUUUCUGCACUCCCACUGUUGUCAUCGCAGCCACUGGCAGGAGGAAGAGGAAUGAAAGGGGGGAAAGUCACCAAACCAACACUGUCCAACAAAACAAGGCGAUGGUGUAUGAGAUGUGAGUGAGCAUGUGCAAUAACCAGGAUCUGAGACUGAAAUAUACUCGGAGUCGAGUGUGAAUUUCAUGCUCUUUAUUCAGCUCAUAGUAGUAAUGAAUGAAACUUUCCCCAAACUUUACAUUAUUUACACAAUGGGCCCCGCGUGACUGACUAAUUCCGGAUUCACCUCCUCCAGAAGCCUGAUUGGCUGCUCCUGAAGGCCAAUUCACUUCCACCUGGAGCUGGAUUGGGUGGCUCCUGCGAACCAAUCAGACUGCUGCAUUCUGGAUCCUAUUGUUCUAGGAUUCAGCUCAGGUCAUAACAGAGACUAUAGUUUGAGGCUUUGCUCCUGUCUCAUGGUUUGGGGACAUGGCUCCUACGGUUUGGGACAUUGCUCCACUCUCAGAUGCCACUGUUUGGGACAGCGUCAGGGAAGGUGAUGAAGGAAAGGAGCUGGCAGCUCAUGGUUGGCCUGUAUGCCUGCUACAAAACUUAGAGUCUAAACUUCAGCUUUUGGAAACCAUGGUUUAGAUUUGUUUCUGAAAUAACCUACUGUGGGUACCAGAGUUACUGCUGCACCAAGAGACCUCAUUGGUCUCUCGCCGCUGUGAACCUCUUCUAACCCUUUUCUCUUCCAUCGCAGACUUCCUCCAAGCCCUGAGGGAUCUGCUGCCAGAGGAGCUCGAGGAGGCCGGCCUCAAUUCCAACUCAGUGCUCUUCACUCAGCAUGAAGUGGCCACCCUACUGGACACAUCAGCUUUCCAUUCUCUGGUCAGCCUUGGGCUAGUCCAAAGUUUCUUCUUCCUUUUCCCAUGCUUGCUGCCGGCUGGGGAACUGUGCCCAUCUUCUGAAGUGUGUGUGUGCUUACUUAAUGAUAGCCAGUAUCAAGUGCAGGGGCAAAUUAAAACAUGCAUAGUCCUUUCAUCAUAGUCCACACACCCGCACAGCCAUACACCCUUCGAACAUUAUACAAUAGCCUUAUAAUUGUGCAAUAAUAAUAAUUGGGGAUGCAUUGCAAUGAUCAGUGCUGUAUCCCACCUGAAAAUAGUAGCAAACAAAAAAUUUAUGGCACAAGUUUUCGCAAACCACAGUCCACUUCAUCGGUUGCAUGAAGUGUUAUUCUGAGUUACAUGAUCAUGUACACAAUUUGGGGGAUGAGAUCAGAAGGAAAUGAAACACCCAUAAUGAAUGUGUUAGUCUUUAAGGUGCCACAAGACUCUUUGUGACUUUCAUUGCAACAAGACUAACACAGCUGCUGGAAAUCCUUACUUACAGACUUUCGACUCCGUCAGUUGCAAUGACAGUGAAGAGUUGGAGCAGCUGCAGCUGGAAAUGACAGACCUGCGGCAAGAAGUCCGGAGGUUAAAGGUGAGAGGCUCACCCAGGUGGGUUUGAUUCCAAGCAUGUUGAUGCCAUGCUCACAAAAGCUGAAAGACACCACAAGCUGCCAUAUACUAAGAAAGGCCAUCUAACUCAGUAUUGUCUGGUGGUUUCAUAUGGGGGACUAUUAUUCUUUUCUGGAAAUGCAGUUGAACCUGAGGAUUUCUGCAUGUGUUUUUUAAAUGGAUGGUGAAGUUGCAGAUCUGUCCAGGGCAGUGUUUUUCUUUGGGGUUGGACAGUAUUGCCUGGCUGGCUGGGUGAGUUUGUGACAUUGCAAUCUGUCUUCUAGUCUCUCCUGAAGGAGGUAGAAAGCAACAAGAAGUCCAUGGAAGAUGAGCUCCAGAGACUGAACCAGGUCAGUGAAAAGCUGGGUGAUUGAUUACACUCUUGAUUUUUUUCAUUGGCAUUUUUUGUGCAGGUAAUUAACAUGAACGCAGGAAGCUGCCUUAUACUGAAUCAGACCAUGGGUCCUACUAUCUCAUUAUUGUCUGCAUUGACUGGCAGCGACUCUCUUGGGUACCAGACUGGGGACUUUCCCAGCUGUUGCUGGAGAUGGAUGCUAUACUACUUAGCUGUCCUUCCUCAGAUGGGUAGAAUUACAGUCACAGGUCACAAUGCAGAAAUCCAGAUGAAAGAUGCAACUAAAACCUAACUAUCUAACUAAAACAUAUAUCUUGCAAUAAAAAUAACUUGAAAAUACUUUAUUAAUUCUUCCUUAGCAUAUAUGAAAAGCAGAUCAGUUAUUUGUGCACAGAUUUAUAAGCACAAUGUGACAAAUAAUGUUGUAGCAAUUACAUAUUGCUACUCGUCACCCCAGUGGUGAGAGAUUCCUUGAAUUCCAGGGCUUACCCAGGGUUUGGUUUCCUGGAAUGAGAGACAGCAGAGACUGUGGUGUCCUUAUGAUGAAUGGCUUUACUUACACAUAUAUACAACCUGAGCAUAAGAUUUGGGGGAGGGGGUGAUCACAGCAUUAACACCCCAACAGAUCUUGCUUCUCCAUUAGUCAAAGCUGUGGCUCCAUCACAGAUCAAGUAUAUCUUUGUGUCCAGCUUCUAGCCUGCUUUUUGCACAGCUCUCUCUCUCUCUCUCUCUCACACACACACACACUGUGUAUUGUUCUUCUAGGUAGCAGCUAGGUGAGUGCGGUGGAGAAAAGGCCUACGCAUUAGCCUGGAGGGAACCAUCUCUUAGAUGUAGCUCUUGCAACUUAGCAAAUCUUUUUGGGAUGCUGAUGAGGACACUUAAGUGGCCUGCUAAGGUCAUUGUCUUACAAAGAAACUUGUCUGACUAGUAUUCCUAAUAGAAUCCUACCUUGAGAUCAAACCCUCGCUAGGUAUGGGACCCCAAGAAUUGGAAGGGAAUCAAGGCAUCAUUCAGAUUGUUAGCCCCCUCCCCACCCGACAAAAGAAUAAUUCUGCCACAUUGAUAAUGUCUGUUUUCCCUUGUCUCUUUUUAGACCAGUUUUGUAAAACUUGAAAUUUAGUCUUUGUGGGAUUCUUAAAAUUUAUUCAGAAGUCCUAAGCUGUAGCUUACUUAGUUUGGGUAUAAAUCUGGCCCUCGUGAUUGGGAGUUUUAUUGAUGGACAUGUAAAGGAUAUGGUUUCGGGAAAAGGGAAGGGACUGAUUGUUGCACUUUGGGAGUAACAUCCCGCUUCUGUUCCCCCAUUCCCAGAGGGCACUGGGCUUCCUCUCAGAGAACCGAACCCUGCAUAACAAGCUGCAGGUAGCAGAGGUGUCCCAGCGGCAAGCCCACAGCGCUGAGCAAGAUUACGAAGAAGUGAUCCAUUUGCUGGAGGCUGAGAUCACAGAGCUGAAGACUCAGCUGGUGGGGAAGAAGACGAAACAGGUUUCAGAAGCAGAGGUCAGUCUGCAGUGAGAGGAGGUAAUAGAAAAUGUAAUUUUCUGGAGUGUGGGGGCAGAUGGAGUUGGUCAAGUGAGCCUAUAUGGGGCAAGACAAUCCUGGCCGUCAUGAAGUUCCUACUGGGAAAGAUGAGGAGAGGGAUGGCAGCCCAUCCUGCUGGCUGUCAAGCAAAGUCCUUGCCUAAACUCCCAUGCUUUCUCCCAUGGGAAAGCCUAUUUUCCCAAGACAUCUUCUUCUGUCUCAAUCCUUCUACCCUCUUCUGCUUCUCUCUCCAAAACAGAGUGAUGUCCUAGAGCUGAAAAGGCGCUUGUCCCUGGUUGACGGGCAGUUGAGAAAGUCUGAGGUCACGCGGAAACGCCUGGAGCUCCACAAUAGGAAGCUGCUCUUAUUUGUGCAGGUGAUGUGGCAGUGCCGCCCACUCUCGGCCAACCCACCCCCUAAACAGUGCCCCAGCCCAAAAAUCUGUUCAGCAGUCUCGGCUUUCGUAGCUGGAGUCAGUCAGGGCCCCGUCCUCUCAGGCCAAGUGGAAAAUGCCUACAAGGCAGGAAGCAGGUCUUCCAGGAUUGACCGGAAAAUGGUCUCUGGCCCCUUCAGCAGCCUCAGCUUUCGUAGCUGGAGCUUUCCUGGUACUGACAUCAAGCUGACUGGUCAGUAGUUGCCUGGGUCUUCUCCCCCCACCCUUUUUGAAGAUGGGAUCAACAUUAAAUGGCUUUGACUGACUUGUAUAGAUUGUUUAUUUUGCUGUGGAUUGACUACUUGGGAUCAGAAGUCAGGGCACUGAAUUGACAAUGAGCUCAGCAAAAUAAAUAAAAAACUGCACCAUGAUUGGUGUGAGAUUUGUUCCUGUAAUUCUGAAAGCCAUUUCCCCACCCCCCCACUCCAUUUCUAUUUUCACACAGAAUGCCCAUAAGCUUUUGAGCACAUCUAGCACAUUACCGGAGGAGAAGAGGUAAGAAUGGCGUGUGGGAAUUGUUCUUCCUCAGUUGCUUGUGUCAGGUGUCUUUGAAUUGUGAGCAUGCCUCCUGUUUGCCUGGAUGGAGGGGUAGGGAUGUUUGUGCAUGCAUAAAAACCUCUGGCUUUUGUGUGACUGGGAUGUAGCUGACUGUACAACGCUAAGAAUCACAUUCAUUGAUCUGGCUACUUUUUUUGCUUCUUGCCCUGCCCACCACCAACAUGUGUCCACCCCACGAUGUUGCGCAAGAGGGCAUGCAGCCCUUGGACUGCAAAAGGCCCUCCCACCCCCCUUAGUGUGGUGGUCUGCUUAAGGCAACCUAGUGAGUUUGUGGCUCAGAUGAGAGUGAAACCAGGUCAGGGUUGGUGGGGGCACUUCCCUUGCUUGUUUAGCAUGUCCAUCUUAAAGAAAAAAGGGAAACAAUAUCUUUUUUUUCUCUUGUAAGAGCUGACAGUCAAGCAGAUGAGGAUAAAACAGGAAGAACAACAGAAGCUCCUCUUCCACCUCCAGAUCUUGCAGGCUUGUUGAUAGCAGAGGCAAAAGAACUCUUGGAGCCCAUCUCAUCAUCUAAUGCCACAAAGGAAGGUGAGUUCCUUGCAGCUUGGAGCUGGUUUAUCUCACUGAUGAAGAAUUGGUACUGACUGCCAACAUGCUGCUGGCACUGGUGGCCCAUUGGAACUGGUACUGCAGAAGCUAAGAGCCAAUGGCAUGUGCAGCCGACUAACUCCAGGUUGCUCCACAUCCUCCUCGGUCCUGAGUUCUACAAGACACCAGCCCAUAAACCGGUAGUAAGUGAGAAUGUGGGUAGGUGGGGGCUGGCUGAGGGCAAUUGGAGGCUGGUGAAGUAGUGUCAUCUUAGCCCUGAUGGACCAGUCUCCAUUGGCUACUGGGUCAAAUUUAAGGUGUUCCUGCCUGUUCUCUGAGAUAUUCCAGAGUAGCGUUGCAAACUGUCCCAUAUAACAUCAAUUUGGCAGGUGCAAUGAAAGCAGCCCUGUUAUUGUGGAAUUUGGUGGCUUUGUACAUCAAGCAGGUGUCCUCUGGGUUUGGGUUCAGGCACUAGCUUAAAGCAUUUUUAUUUACACAAACGUAGCCUGCCAUGUGACCCAGUUUUCGGUUCUGUCAAUCUUUUACUUUUUAUGUUUUUAACCUUUGAUUUUAUGAACCCUGCUUUGGUUAGAUCAUUUCUUUGAUAUGGUGGCAUAGAAAUUUAUGUAUAAAUUCAAAGGUCUCUCCCUAGAGCAGGGGUGGGGAAUCCCAGGGACGGGUGUCAAAUAUGACUCUCUGAGCCUCUCUAUAUGGCCCUCAGAACUGCUUCCUACGCCCAAUGUUUUUGUGUGGCUGGUGCUGUGUUCCUUGAACUCUGAUCAUGCCUCCUGCUUCUCUGGAUGGAGAACAGAGAAACUAGUCUACUCUAAAAGGGUAAAAUUUACAUUUGUUGCUCCACCCACUUUUGCCUCUGGCCCCACCCAGCACUGGCAUAUGUCACCCCACCAGAAACUUUUCCAGAAGGGAAUGUGGCCCAUGGACUGAAAAAGGUUGCCCAUACAAACCCAAGAGGGGAAGCAGCUGAGAUGCUUGAUGCAUGGGCAGCCCAUGUAAUAGACAUGGGGCUGUUAAACAUGAGACACAAAUCUCUAUAGGCAAUUUUGCACAGGGGUCUUUUCCAAGAUCACUUCCAGGCAACUUGUUUAUUAACCAUGCAUCAUAAUUAUUUUUUGAGGAGGGAGGUUUCAAUGACAUCAGCUGUUUAUUGAACAUUCAUUCUUAAUUGUUUGGGGGGAGGUUAUAUGAUGUUGCCUCCACCAAUUGUUAUCUCACACUUUUCUAAUGCAUUUCCCAUACCUUAUGAAUAAGGGGUGGGGGGGAUUUGAGGGAAGGAAGAGGGUUUGUUGUAAAAGAGUGCCAAACCAAUUUGAAUUGCACAACUUGAAUUUGCUAGUAUGCGAUUGAAUCACCCACUGGAAACUAGUAACAGUCUGGAAGCAUCCCAAGAUUAAGUUGUAGCUGAUUAAGACCAGAAGAUCCCUCCCAGCCUUUAAUCAAGGGUGCCCUGUCCAAGGUGCUGAAGCUAUACUCAUAGCUGCUGCAAGCCCUGCCCUUUCACCAGUUGCUGCAGACAUCUUUUGAAGUGGUUCUCCAUACCUAGGACUUGAAAGCUGCUUUAGAGAAAAAGAAGGAACACCCCAAACCAAGUUGUACAAAACUUCACAGCACAUGUUACGCCCUGUUCUACAAAAGACGAAUCAUACAAAUUGACUCAAUUUGUAGGCAAUGCACUCAAAAGUCCACUUUUCGAAAACUUAGUUACAUCACUUGGGUUCAUGUAUUUGGGGUGAGUUGAGAUUUGAUUGAUAAGCCAAUAAAUUUGAGGGCUUAAUGCUGUUCUGAAAGUAUUCAGCUUCCUACUCAAAAGUCAGCCUCCCUUUGAACUCUCUUUGUGGAAGUUCCUUCCCUGUAAUGCAGUUCAAUGCCACUUGGGGGAGUGUUUGUGUAUGAACACCGAAGUCACACUGGAAUAUGUGUUUGCACGGUUCUUUCCUUCAGUUAAAAUCCUCCCACUCAGCUGACGCAGGAUAAGAAAGUAGCUGCUCCGUUGCUCCAUGUGUACACACACACACACACACACACACACACAGAGGAAGCCUGCAUCUCAGAUGUAUGAGUGUUGAUGGCUUUGGCGAGUGGUGCAGCAAAGGUACUCUACACAUGCUCAGGGGCAUCCAUUCUUUGUUGCCACACAUAUUCCAGGAGUCAGCUCAGGUACUGAGCCCUAGUUCUACCUAAGGUUUGAGAAUAGGUGGUUACAGAACAAUACUCACACACCUGCUUCAUGGACAUGAACACAACUGUACAGUGGAACAUAUAUUCCCAGCUUUGACACCCUGGUGGAGCUUAAGAAGGGGCUUAGAGCCAAGUGGGAGAGUGGGCCAGUGGGUUGGUAAGAGAGUGGGGUUGAGUUCUUCUGUGGCUUAGAUUAAAAUCUGAGCAGGAGAAGAACUUUGGGGGUGUGGCUAUGUGUGCACCAUGUUGCUGGUCACCUGACUAGAUCCUAAUUUAUGAUGUUCAGCUGUUGAUUUAAGAACUGAUAACAUUUAAUACCACAUUAGACCUGUUGUAUAUUGAUGUGACUGUGCUUUCUGAACUUUUACUCUUUCACUUGGGUUGGCAGCUUUUCUGUAUGACUGGGAUGACUGUACAGCUGAUGACAGCACCCCUGACUACAAAGAGUGAGUAUCUUGGCGCCUUUUCUUCAACAGGAAGCUUGUGAGCCAUCUCUGGUUUAUGCAGCUUCUUUAAAUCACCUAUCAGAGUCUCUGCCUCUCUUAUUCUCCUGUCUCUCCAAAGCAUAUGUAUCUGUUGCAUGAAUGGUGUCAUAAAGAAAUGUAGCAGCCAGGACUGACUUCUGAAAUUUCACCAGGAACUCUAAAGCCAGAUGGACUAGAAACUUACUCCCCCUUCCCCAUUUUAAAUCCUGUGCUUGCAUAGUCUAGUUAUGGAAAUGAAGAAGAAAUACUACCAUUUGCAUUGGACCAUCUGUGUAUAUGGAGUUUUACAGCAUAAUACUUACAAAUUUUGCUGUUCAUUUAUAACUGUUUUCUGCUGUUGAAGGUCUGCUGUUUAGCUGGAUUUGUUGAUGGUCUUUGUAAUUGUAUUAUUGAAAUGUGUUCUUUUUGGUUUCUAUGCUAUGCCUUCGGCUUAGUGGCUCCUUUGUAGUGAGUGACUAAUGCCCAAAUAAAAUAAAUAAAUAAAUAAAUAAAUAAAUAAGGUAAUGGUGAGAGGGCAGAAAGGGAAAAGAGGCAAAGGUAACAUGAAGUAAAUGUGAGCUCAAUGCAGUUACAUAUAUUUAGAUUCUUGCCACUGGAAAUGAAGACCAGGGAUUAGGUAAUGGCAUAACAAACCUGAGAUUUCAAAGCACCAGGUAAUGAUCCUACAACCAAUGGUGCUACAUGGCAAGAUUUCAGGCAGAUGAUGGGGGUCCCACUCAGCAGAAUGACCAGAGAGGUUCCCAAAUGCAACAAUGCCAGCUCACCACAUUUUGAAGUAAGUAUUGCUACCAAGAGACAACAUACCGGUAGCAAUCUGCCUUGUGCUGAGACAGAACAUUGGUCCAUCUAUCUCAGUUACCCCUAUUCUUACUGGCAGCAGCUCUCUAGGGUUUCAGAUAGGAAUCUGUCCCAGCCCUUUCUGCCAGAGAUUGAACCCAGGACCUUCCACAUGCAAAGCAGGUGCUCUAUCGCCCAGCUAAACACCAUCCCCUAAUCUUAGUUCUAAGAUGAAAGUCUGUUUCCCCAUCCUGUACCUCCUGCUUGUUAUCUGAAUUAUUAAAGGCUCUUCGAAAAUGUGGUUGAAAAUGCAUCCAGUUUAUUAAAGAUCAAACUCUUUAAUCCUCUUCUUCUCAUAUCCGGAUGAUCUGCCAGACCACCCACAGCUUCCUAAAACAGCACACCCAUGUCAUUUGUUCUGUCCCCUGAGACUUAGAUCAGCUGCUUGCAGUUUGGACCUCUGAGGUGUUUGUUGAACAAAAAUUUGGUGUGUGGGUGUGUGUCACAGACUAUUAGAAACUGUGCACACUUCCAGAUCCAAGUUUGGGGUGGGGGCUUGGCCAAAUGCCCUAUGCAGAUCCUCCUAUUCUUCCCAGGCCCCACUGACAUACCUGCCCAGAGGGCAGAGGGACAGACAAGUGGAAGAUACUGCUCCAUCUUCCCUCACGCUUGCCACUGCUUGCUCUUUUGCAGAUGGGAGGCGAAUAGGCAGUGUCAGCAAGGAGGAGGGCUAUGAACAUAGGGAGCUGCCUCCCACUAGGUCAGAUGGUCAGGGCCAAUAAUGCUUCUAAAGUCCAGUUGGUGGAAGCCACAGGAGAGGAGAAUGCUCUUGUAUUUGGGUCCUGCUUGAGGUUUCCCACUGUGUAAACAGGAUGCUGGACUAUUGAAUCACUUUGACUUCAACGAGUUGAGCAUGUUUUGCACAGACACAAAUGCAUAUCUUCAACCACAAGAGCUGCCACAAAUUAAAGCCCAAUGGUUGCCAUUAAUCUGAUUUGAAUUAAUUUUAUAAUGAAAUGAUUUUAGAAUGUUGUAUCAUUUUACUGUUGUUAGCCGCUCUGAGCCAGGCUUCGGCUGGGGAGGGCGGGAUAUAAAUAAAAUUGUAUUAUUAUUAUUAUUAUUAUUAUUAUUAUUAUUAUUAUAGAUGGGCCUCUGGCCUGAUCUAGCAGGAUUCUUCUUAUGUUCUUAUGUUUAUUGGUCCAUGUAGCUCAGUAUUGCCUACACUGACUGGCAGGGAUUUCUCCAAACCCUGCUUGGAGAUGCCAGGGAUUGAACCUGGAAUCUUCUGUAGGCAAAGCAGGUGAUCUACCACUGAUCUAUAGCCCUUUCCCAUAAUAAUAAUAAUAAUUUAUUAUUUAUACCCCGCCCAUCUGGCUGAGUUUCCCCAGCCACUCUGGGCGGCUUCCAAUCAAGUGUUAAAAACAAUACAGCAUUGAAUAUUAAAAACUUCCCUAAACAGGGCUGCCUUCAGAUGUCUCUUAAAGAUAAGAUAGCUGCUUGUUUCCUUCACAUCUGAAGGGAGGGCGUUCCACAGGGCGUGCGCCACUACCGAGAAGGCCUUCUGUCUGGUUCCUUGUAACCUCACUUCUUGCAAUGAGGGAACUGCCAGAAGGCCCUCGGCGCUGGAUCUCAGUGUCUGGGCUGAACGAUGGGGGUGGAGACGCUCCUUCAGGUAUACAGGACUGAGGCCGUUUAGGGCUUUAAAGGUCAGCACCAACACUUUGAAUUGUGCUCUGAUACAUUGGAUGGCGACUGGAGAGCUGUGGGCCUUGGAAGGUGCCUGUCCUAGUAUGAUCUGAUUUCAGGAUGUAAGGCAGGAGUUGCCGCACCAUAGAUAGUUCCAAGUAAGCAACUUCCUCCAACAAAGGUUGAAAGGAGAAAAACCUCUCGCUACCUGGUUUCUUCCCUGAGUGACUGGAUGUGCCCGGGUCACCUUUUCUUGCUGGGUUCCUACAUGAGGUUCAGUGCACUGGGAAAUCAUCCUGCCCCCAAAUCCCGUGUUAAUUAGUUGGUGAAGCUGACAUAAACUGUUCCUAGAUCACUUGUGGUAUGAUUUGGUGUGCAUGCUUUAAGAUCUAAUGUUCUUAAUCUGUUUUACACUGUUUUGAAUUCUUUUAAAUAAUUUUUAUUGACUUGAUUAAUAUUAUUGUGCUUUUAAUUAUGUCAUUGCCUUUGAGACUAUAAAGUGGGGUGUGAAAUCCCCAUACUAAAUAAAUGAAGCAAAUAGUGCAUCUGUAGAAUCAGCAAAGAUGCACGGAGGGGAAGCAUCUCUUCCCAUGAGGCCCAUUUUCACAUCAGGACUUCCUGGCUGUAAUCUUAGGAGCUGAGCCAGGAUCCCUUCCCGUUUCCUUUGUUCUUCCCUUGUGUUCUUUCCACCUCCAUCUCCUGCCCCCAAACCCCGCCCCGGAGUGACGCCUGUUUUACUUUUCCAGCCAUCUUCACCAGAAGACAACGUGGCCUCCUCCUCCUCCAAGUGAAAGCACCAAUGGCGAUCCACAGCCUCCAAGCACCUCCAAGGGUCCCUCUGACAAGCCUGCAUAA